ACCGGAAGUGCUUCGGCCACACCACACACACGUCACUUCCUCUUUACAUCUACCAAAACAGUACCUGUACGAGGAAAGCAUUUAGAAUAGGAUACGGUUUUCUAAAGAUACCAGGACAACUCAAACAUUUAUCUAUUAAUAUUAUACAUUUAUAUUUAUAUAUAUUUCAUCCACCGAUUGUACUAAUAAAUCGGCUUUAGCCCCUGCAAGAGUGCCCAAGAUGGUACAUCACUCUAUAUAGGAAUCCCAAGCACAGAGGGGGGUACUAGUUAAUGUAUUAACCAACGGAGGACCUUCCAGUCCAGAGACGCAUGUCCCGGAUCAGGAGCACACUCGACAGCGUCUCUCGAGUGGUCGGCAGCAAGGACCUGAUCUCCAAGCUCUCCCGCUUACGGCUCGGUAGCUCAACGGUCGACGGGUCCAAUGCGGGCGAGGUUCUGGUCAACGCGGAACCCCCCAGCGCCGCCCAGACCAGCAUGACGGCGCCCGGGUUGGACCGGAACAUGCGUGUAGAAGGAGAGUCCCAGCGGCAACCUGACAAAGAGGAGCCUUAUGUGGCGACCUCCCCCAUGACCGGCUCUGCCCCUUCGGCGAGCGCCGGCGACGCGUCCGCGGCGAGCUCCCCGCCGUCCGCCUCUUCCGUGGCCAAGCAGACGCUGCAGCUGUUCCACCCGUCGACCCUCUCCGCCAACGUGGACGAGACCUACAACACGUUCGCCAAGCACGUCAACAGCUACUUUAGCGUCGGCGCGGAUGAACAGAGGGACGGUACAGAAGGACAGCAACAACAACAACAACAGCAGCAACAACAACGACGGCAUGGGGACCACGUCCGUGAUCACCCCCACCACCACCGAACGCCCGAGACGGCCGUAGAACACCUUCCCCUCGCCGUCCCUGUCGCAGGCCAAUCCAAGCCCGAGGAACCCCUCGCUGCUACCCCCUCCUCCGGAUCAACCUCUCCUCCUCCGCCUGGCAAGGGGACUCCUCUGACGGAGAAGGCUUCGCCGACUCAAGCCCCGCCCCCACCCACUACCUCCGCCAAGAAGGGCUUCACCCAGUACCUGUCCUACCCCACGCCCAGCAUGCAGGCCUUCGUGGGCAGCUACAUCGCACCGCUCGUCCCCAAGUUCCGUGUGGAGGCCAAGAGCAUCGCAGUCGUGAACGGGCUGGCCCCCGGGGAGGCCGUGGAGAAGGGGAAGAAGAAGAAGGAGGAGGAGGAGGUGGAGAAGAAGAAGGAGGAGGAGAGCGCCAGGAAGCUGCUGCUGACUCAGAGAGAGAAGAUCAUCGCCAGGGUGAGCGUAGACAACCGCACCCGGGCGCUGGUGAAGGGCCUGCAGAGCGUCACCGAUGUCAGGCUGCUGACUGGCCGCGUGGAGGAGCUCAGCUGCCAUCUUCUGGAGUUCCCAGAGACCCGCGGCGUGGCCGUCAAGGAGCGAGCCCUGCCCCGCCUGCUCCGCCUGCGGCAGGCCAGCGACCCCCCUCUCCAGGCGGCCGUCAGGGAGGCGCUGGCCCUGGUGGGAUACACCGACCCCGUCAGGGGGCGGGGCAUCCGGGUGCUGACCAUCGACGGAGGCGGGACCAGGGGCCUGAUGGCACUCCAGACUUUACACAAGCUGCAGGAGCUCACCGGAAAACCAAUCCAUCAACUGUUCGACUACAUCUGUGGAGUCAGCACAGGAGCCAUCCUGGCCUUCAUGCUGGGGGUGUUCCAGAUCCCCCUGGAGGAGUGUGAGGAGAUGUAUCGCAAGCUGGGCUCGGACGUCUUCAAGCAGAACGUCAUCGUGGGCACAGUGAAGAUGGGCUGGAGCCACGCCUUCUACGACAGCCAAGUGUGGGAGAACAUCCUCAAGGAAAGAAUGGGCGAGGGACUCAUGGUUGAAAGCGCCAGGGGUCCAAACUGUCCUAAAGUGUCAGCAGUGAGCACCAUUGUGAACAGAGGGCUGCCGCUGAAGGCCUACGUGUUCCGCAACUACCGGCUGAUGCCCGGGACGCGAUCCCACUACCUGGGCGACUGCAAGCACAAGAUGUGGCAAGCCAUCCGGGCGUCAUCAGCUGCUCCGGGAUACUUCCAGGAGUUUGUCCUGGGAAAAGACCUUCACCAGGACGGGGGCCUGCUGAUCAACAACCCCACGGCGCUGGCCAUCCACGAGUGCAAGUGUCUGUGGCCCGACACGCCGCUGCAGUGCGUGGUGUCGCUGGGCACCGGUCGCUACGACGACGGGGGCAAGCACAGCGCCACGUACACCAGCCUGCGAACCAAGCUCACGCACAUCAUCAGCAGCGCCACGGACACAGAGGAGGUGCACACCAUGCUGGACGCGCUGCUGCCGCCCGACACCUACUUCCGCUUCAACCCCCUGCUGAGCGAGGACGUGCCGCUGGACGAGAGCCGCAGCGAGCGCCUCAACUUCCUGAAGGGCGAGGGCGAGCGCUACAUGCUGCGCAACGACGCCAAGCUGCGGCGCGCGGCCGCCGUGCUAGCCGCGCCCAAGGGCCACGUGCAGCGGCUGGCCGACUGGGCCAAGCUGAAGACGGACAUGUACGACGGCCUGCCCUUCACCUCCUCCAAGCUGUAGGCCCAUUGGAGGAGAGGGGGCCGGGGGGCGGGGCUUAAGGAGACGGACAUGUGCGACGGCCUGCCCUUCACCUCCUCCAAGCUGUAGCCUCAUUGGAGGAGAGGGGGCUGGAAGGCGGGGCUACUGCCCUUCACCUCCUCCAAGCUGUAAGGCCCAUUGGAGGAGAGGGGGCAGGGGGCGGGGCUUAAGCGGUGGGCCCUCGGCCCAUUGGAGGAGAGCAGGAGGCGGGGCUUAGGGAGGGGUUUGAGAUUUAGCAGUUGGUAAUUCGAAGGUCCAACGAAAAAUAGGAGGGGGAAAAUGUCUUUAAAUGCUUCUGUCCGCACGUUUAUACUGAUGAUAUUCAGAGGUGGACGAGGGCAGAGGGGAUCAUGUUUUGUGCAUUGUGUGUGUUGUAACGCAAUCGUCACUGAGCUUAAGUUGUUUAACUCCCCAGCUGGAGGACUGGGUUAUGCCAAUUAGGUAUUUCUGAGUUCAGAGACAAAAUAUUAUUAUUAUUUAUUUUUUUGUUUUUUUAAUUCUUAUUUGCUACUGAGUCCCAUCACUUUCACUGAUCAGUUGUACAACACUGGGAAUCUCCUCCAUCUCUCUCUGUCCAGCUCUGAUUCUAAAUGAGCUCAGUGGCAUGGGAACCAGCAGAGAAGAGCAAGUGUUGUGAAUGGGACCGCCUCCAUAGAUGUAUGAGGGGAUGACAUGAUGGACAGGAAGUUUAAAUUGGGACGCUUUGAUUAUUGAGUUGAGGAAAAAAAUACUUGAUUGAUUGGUUUGAGAUGAGAGAUGAUGAGGUGCCCAUAUUUGUGUGGUGAGACAUUUCACUGUCGUUAGUAAUAACUGACUAGUAUGAUAUUGGGAUAACUGCUCAUUUUGUAAAUAUCCAACAUUUCUGUUUUAACACUAUUGAUGCAACUCUGUCCAAGUAGUUUAUUGAGAGAAUCCAUUGAUAACUACCUUUAUACUUUCUUAAGACUCAAUGCACUUUGUAUAAUACUAUUGUUAGCUCUCCCGAUUUUAUCUAAAUUAUGUUUUAAGUAAUGGCAAAAGUCUCAGAAAUUGGUCUACCAAUACAUAAUAAACGACUUCAUUAAAUAGGACAUAAUGACAGGGUUAUUUCUUUCAAAUUAAAAGUCCUCAAGAUUUUUUCCAUAAAUAUUUCAAAUGGAUAGUCAUUUCAUUUUAUUUGCUUUAUUUUAUGGUUAAGAGCAUGUUCUACUCUAUGAGUAUGUUUUAUAUCAACCAUAUUUCGAGAGAUUAUUAAUUCAAUGUUUUGAACUUAAGAUGUUGCAUGCACAAGAAAGAUCGGUCCAAACUUGCCGUGAAUAAAACCUUGUAUAAUUGUAAAACCUCACACAAUUCUAACGAUGUGAAAUUAAGUAUACCUGCAUUGCCUUGAAUCCUGCUUUGAUCCAUUCUUUGACUGCUUGGUAAAAGGAUAAAGAGCAUUAAAAUAAUUAUCAUGAAAAAUUA